UAUUCCGUGUUAGCAGGUACUGACGUCUCUCUCCUACAGGCACCAUGACGGAGGGACCAGCCGGAGAGGAAGUAGCAGGCAGCGUCCAACUCCACCAGGCACAGCCUCGCUCAGUCAUCUUCAUCCCACCCACCAGGGAAGCGCUUGCGGGCGUGGGAGAUGAGCGCAACAACGAGGUGUGUGGCAUCCGUCACAGUUCUGUGCCAGACAUCAUCACCAGGAUCGUCGGAGGCUUCCCAGCAGAGUCCCACGAGUUCCCGUGGCAGGUGUCCCUACAGUGGCGGUACAACUGGUACACUUACCACAUCUGCGGCGCCACUGUCAUCGACCAGAACUGGGUGCUGACGGCCGCCCACUGUACCCACCAGUACACACCCAAGGACCUCCUGGUAGUGGCUGGUGAUCACCAACUGAAGCACAAGGAAGGCACAGAGCAGACGAGAUACAUAGAGCGCAUCAUAGAGCACCAGUUCUACAACAGCAACUCCCAGGAGAAUGACAUCGCCCUCCUCAAGCUAGCUACACCCCUCCAGCUUGACGGCAUGACCGUCUCUCCCAUCUGCAUGCCGGCUCCUGAUAUCACCUUCUCAGGUAACUGUGUGGUGUCUGGAUGGGGCAAGGUGGUGGAGGACGGAGCUACCUCAGACCUCCUCCGGAAGGUGGUGGUGCCCAUUAUAAGCGACUCUGUGUGUAAACAGAGCUACCAAGGUAUCGGCUACAACGGCCCCAUCGCAGAGACAAUGAUGUGUGCUGGCUAUAGAUUCGGGAACAAGGAUGCCUGCCAGGGAGACUCUGGUGGACCCUUUGUCUGCCGGGGAGGAGACAACCGCUACUACCUGGCGGGCGUUGUCUCGUGGGGCAUCGGCUGUGCCAGACCCAAUGUUCCCGGCGUCUACACUGAGGUGAGCAGGUACGUCGUGUGGAUCAGCAAUGUUGUCAACAAUCGCCUCGACAUGCCCCCACGGCCGGCCAGCCUCAGGGCCCCGACCCUUCAGGACGACAUCUUCACUCAACCCGCACCAGGGAACUCAACGUCUGAAGAUCAUCCUACUGCUAGCCAGCUCUUGCAGCCUGUUGCUGCUGCAGUGUAACAACCAUUCUCUUCAUUGCCCACCAUGACUGUCUCUUAUACUUAAGGCCAGACCUCAAGCCCAUCUCUAGAGGAAAUCUGUUCAACAAAACAUAACUUGAGGGCAGUCCAGAAUGAAUUAAAUUAUAAUAAACCCUGACUAGUUGCUGUCUAAAGAAUGGGCUAAAAAAUGUUUUUUAACUAAGCAUUCAUUGUUAUUAUUUUGUAGGUAAUGUGUUACUGGCUGGUCUUGAGCAUAACUGAUGUUAGGCUCAUGGCCUACCAAUGUCUGGGGGGGGGGGGGGGAGUUAUUGAGGCACCACAAUAGCUAUCUGACCAAUUGGCAAGUAUUCUAGUCCUGGAUGUAGUCCAGAGCUAAAGUAAACUAUGUUAUGUAUACACAAUGAGAACUGGAGUACAUCUUUCAAUGUAUUUAACUUCCUUCUCAAUUGUGAAUGCCACGAUGUAGACUAAGGGAGAUGUGUUCCAUUUGGCCGGAUGUUACAGCAACCCAAUCCACGCCUCGCAUUAAUGGUGGUCACCUCACCGCGUAGGUGAUCAUCUCGCACUGAUGGUGAUCACCUCACACUAAAAGUGGUCGUCUCUCACUAACCAUAAUGGCAUCA